UCGCCCCGCCCCCGGUCCCCAGUGUUGUUCCGGUUCAGUGUCUGGGCUGUUCACUGCCGGAAAGAUGGAGGCUCCGGGCCGCCGUAGGCCCCAGCACAGCCCCGAGCCUGAGCCUGAGCGUCACCGACUGAGGAUCAAAAGGGAGGGGGCGGCCUCCAAGCACCGGCCCUCGAGUUCGGGCUCCUCCGGGGGCAGCGUGUCUCCACCCGGGCACUGGCAGAGCCGCUCCCCUGGCCGGAGGAAGCAGCGUUCGCGGCCGGAGGGCAAGUGGAAGCGGGAACGGCAUGACCAUCCACGACGGGACCAUGCUGAGAGACGCCACCGAGACCGCUCUGAGGGAGAUGAACACCGACGCAAGAAGAACGGUGACCGAGAGCGACACAAAGAGUGGUCGGAUCGGGGGCGGGCCCACAGCAAAAGGAAUGGCGGGUCUCACGCAGAAGCUGGCAUAAGUGGCCGUGACAGGGAGGCUCAAUUGCUCAGCGCCCAGCAGGCUGAGAGAGAGUAUUACAACGAGAGAAGGCGUCAGAACCGCAAUCAGUGCCAGAUGCUCAGUGAUGAGAAUCAUGAGUCUGAGUCGAAUGACAGUCAAGCUAACAGCGGCAAUCCAGCCCAGGUGAAAGAGGAGCCAAAUUUUGAGUUAUCUGGUGCCCUUGUGGAAGAUACUAACACCUUUCGUGGGGUGGUGAUAAAAUACAAUGAACCUCCUGAAUCUCGGAUCCCAAGGAAACGAUGGCGUCUUUACCCGUUCAAGAAUGACGAGCCUCUUCCAGUCAUGCAUAUUCAUCGUCAGAGUGCCUAUCUCUUGGGUCGGCAGCGUAGGGUAGUGGAUAUCCCAAUUGACCAUCCUUCCUGCUCCAAGCAACAUGCAGUGCUGCAGUACAGACUUGUGGAGUUCACACGGAGUGAUGGCACACCAGGCAGGAGGGUGAGGCCAUAUAUCAUCGACCUGGGUUCUGCCAACGGCACGUACCUUAACAAUCAGCGCAUUGAAUCGCAGCGAUACUACGAACUCAGAGAAAAGGAUCUGCUGAAAUUUGGUUUCAGCAGCAGGGAGUAUGUCAUUCUGCACGAUUGCUCAGAUACUGCUGAGGUGGAUGCAAAAGAAGGGCAACAUGAGGAGGAUGAGGGAGUUGAAAGUUAAUGUAAAACCUUCCCCAGUGUUCCUUUUGAAAUUGGCACUGCAGUUUUACUUUCCUUUUCAAACAUGCAGGUAAAUAGUUAUGCUAGAAUUCCGAGGACCAGGGGACAGCUGACCAGUUUCAUAUUUUUCUGUCCAGGCCAAGUCAAUCGAUAGCACAUCUUGACUCUCUCCCAAAUUGUCGGUGUUCCAUUCUAAGCCAAUGCGACAAUUCAAAGAACAAAAUGUGGCCUGGCAAACAGGAUUGAACAGUAUAAUCCCUCCAGACCAAAUGUUUAGUGUUUUGUUUUGCAAUUGAAUUUCAGGUUUCAUAACCUGGCCUGUUUGCCUCCAGUCUUGUGCUCAGGAAGAGGCCUGCUAAAACCACGGAGUUUACUCAAGUGAAUUUACCAGAGCAGCUACUAGACUGUAGCAUUGUCAAUGAUGUCAGAGAAUGUGAUGCUUUUAAUUAUAUUUUUGAUUCUUUUUUGGCUCUAAGUUAUUAGGUAAAGGAUAUAAACUUCAUAAACAAACUAUUCUACUGGACUCUUUGGUCUGGGGAUGUCACCAAACAACAGCAUUUUGUUGCUUCAGCUCCUUUCAUUUUCUGGUUGGCUUUUACAGAGUUUGAGAAAUUGUAUUGAAGCCUUGAAAUACUUUCUUUUCCUGAGGCCGAUUGUGGACAAGUUGUGUGUGUUUCCUAAUUCAAAACCUGUCUUCUAUACACGAGUUCUGGCAAUGGACCUUUCAGAAUCCCUCUUGUAUUUGUAUGGUGGAUUAAGAAAAUGUUAAAAACAGCCAAGAAUUUGUCAUUUUUGCCUAAAAAUAUUUUUCGGUGAAUCCUUUUAUGAAAAAAAUAUAGGAUUUUUUUCCCACCUAGGAGGAGUUUCUGCCUCUGAGUUUGAUUUCUUUUCAUUCCUCUUUUGGUUAAAAAGGAGAAGAUAGUGAUGAUCUUGUUUCCUGACAGUGCACUCCAAACAAUUACCUUUUGCCCCGGCCAGCUAUGAGUUGAUGUUUUGUGUCACCAUAUGCAGCAGGAAGCAAGAGGACCGUCAACAAAAUGCAAUGAACCCCCAUAGGUAGGUAUAUCUGAGUGUUUAUCUUCAGGUUUGAUUUGGAUCCAGUCACAAAUGCAGCUGUAUAUAUUAGUGAAGGCAACACUCAAAUGGCAGCAGCUGGUGGAAACUUUAGUUAGGAAUAUCCAAUCUAAAAUGGGAUUUCAGACCUCUAUUUUUCCCUGUACCUACAUGAUGGAUGUGCUUGCCACUGAAAGUUAUCCCUCUCUUCCUUUAUGGAACCAAUUAAAUUCCUGGGAUGUUACUGGUUCAAAUCCAACUCAUUACGAUAGAAAAGUUGAUCGGAAGCUUGGCUUGGGAUUGUUUGUUCGUUAGUUUAAAUCCCUACACUACCUGCCACUAAGAUUAAAAGUGUCAAUUUGUAGCCCUGUUGGAUUCUUUGAACUGUCAGCAUGAUCUGAUCCUGGUCUCUUAAUAUUUAGGAGUCUGUUGUUGGAUUUAAGCAAGAAAUAUUUGGAGUAAUUGUAUUCUGCAAAAACAUGUGUACACGUUAUAUUCCUGACUCUACUGGUUCGGACAUGGAUAUUCCAACAGCACUUGUUUAAAUUUUUAGCAGCUGUACAGAAGGUCAUGGAACUGAAACAAUAAUCUUAAUGCUUCUCUCUCCACAGAUGCUGCCUGACAUGCUGAAUGUUUUUCAGCCUUUUCUGUUUUUGAGUAACUUUUGUGUCAUGGAUGGAUUUUCCAGUUAAGAUGCCUGAAUGUCGUAGACAAGCAGCUGCAUCUAACACUACCUCCAUAACAGCUUGGAGUGAAGAUAGCAAUUUAAAGGGGACAGGGAAGAGAACUGGUGUCAGGCAGCUUGCUUGAUUUGUGCGUCACGCUGACUUGCUCCAUUGAUGGAGGUCUGGACCAUUCAGCUCACCUGACUUGAAAGAGUUUGAUGUUGAGCAGCCUGCAUGAGAGGGGUAGAGAAUGCAGUUGUACUUGUUAAAUAUGGCAACCAUGGAGUUUUAUUUUAGAACAGGAAAGCGGGUAAGAUUUUUUUUUUUAAAGCUUUAGUGUAAUUGCGCACACCUAACAUGUGCAGGCCUUGAAAACAACCAGUCAGGAAAAAAAACCUGACUAUUUAUUUUCUACUUACAAAAUUGUUUUCUUAACAAAUGCAUCUGGUAAAAUGUUAAUAGAUUUUCAUACCAAAGGGCUCAAGUUUACCCGUUCCCCAAUGCAGUCAUCCAGCAAAGAAGUGAAGCCAGGUUGUUGCUGAGCAACAGGAGAGCGAUAAUGAACAGUGACACACGCCUACCUUUCAACAUGUUUUGUUAUUAAAUGAAAAUCUGUUUUAAAAUACUGCUCAAAAUUAUAUUUUGUUGUAUAAAGAAAACUGGCGUUCUUGUAGAUUGUAAUGUUGAAUUUGUUACAAUCGCUCUUAUGUUUUUGGCAGUCUGUGUCAUUUUUAGUAAAGUAGAUUUCAACAAUA